UAAUAUACAUCUACAAGACUUGUAAAUCUUACAAGCAAAUCUACAAGAACAACAAGCCCCCCUGCGAUGCUCACAAUUUAACAUGGCUGUGAGUAUUGACCGCCUGAAACUAGAGACAGGGAUAACAGAGCUGCAGUUGGAGUGCAGGAUAGAUGACAAUGUCUUGAGGAGAAUAGCUAAGGAGUUUGAUGGUUGGGAGAAAUUUGUAGGGUCACCCGGAUUGAAGCUCAGCGAGGCACAGAAAGCAGACGUGAGGGAUUGUGUAUUUUUAAAGGGACAUGAGAUGGGUGUGGUCAAAGCGCUCAAGUUUUGGUCAGAUGGACGUCCGCACAAAACUAUUGGAGAUCUGGUCAACAUAUUUAUGGAGCUGGAUGAGUUAGUUUUGGCGGAGAAGCUGUGUACAACUGCCAAAGAAGUGCACUCAUCACUCAGUGAGUUAGAUACAACAGACACAGAUUCUGAUUCCUCACAUUCUGAAGGCGAAGUAGCCUCGAUCCCAGGCCGCUCUUCCUCGAAGAGAGGCCUUGUGAAGGAGGCUAAAGGCGAAGGAAUAAUCUUGGCUGAAGAGGUAAGGAAGCUGGAGGAACAGUUUAACAGUUUACAAGAAUCAGCUCAGUCUGAGCUGAUUAAAUCAGGAGUUACUGUACAGGCAUUCAGGCGAUCACUGCCAAGAAUGUCUUGCUCAAUAAAGGCUGAACACAAACAAUAUCUUGAAGAAAAGUAUAUUGUUUUUAAAAGAGCAGAAACCAUUGACGAUAUCUUUUAUUACCUUAGCCUUUACCUCAGCUUCAUCGACUUUAGCCUUCUGGAGCAUAUAAUAAAUUGCUUUGGCACUCCUGAGCUAAAGCACGCAAUGACUCAGUAUUCAUUACUCAUGGAGAAAUUUCGGAAGGAUACAAAGGUUGUUGAUAUCCUCCCUCACUUGUCUGGCUGCAUCGAGCCUCCACCAGAAUAUGUGAGAGUGAAGAUGAAGUUAGACUAUGAUAUCCACAAGUGUACUUUGGAGGACUUGGAGAAAGCUAGAGCCAACUUGGGAAAAGCAUUUUCACUUUCAAAACUUGCAUUUUCCUCAGGGAAAUCAGUCAGAGUUGUAUUGUAGUAACUUGCUUGCUACAUACAGACCUUGCUUACAUAUUAAUAGAAUGUGCUCAAGAAAUAGAUGACGCAUCUCUCAAAACUCUCAAUCUAUUGGAAUUGUAUGUAGACAAAGAACUAUUGCUAUCUACAUCUCUUAUAAAAGCUGACAGUAUGGCCUCCAAAGAUCAAUUGCACAUGAGUAUUACAGGAGUGAGCAGUCACAGUCCGUCAGCUCAACACACUAGUUGGCCACCAACUGUUUACGGCCCACACUCCUCUCACACCAGAACAGAACAAUGUAUCACUGUUUCAGAUACCACUCAGAUGACUACUAGCACUCAUUCACAGUCAAGUGCUCAUUUCCAAUCGUCCAUUAGCGCUAGCACUGAACAAAUAGAGGCUAGUCCUCAAGUUUAUGACUGUCUGGGUACUCCACCAGCUAAAAGGGUGUGUUUCAAUAGCCCUCAACAGCUCAAUUCUAUAUCGGCUGCAUCCAUAUAUCCGUUGUCUACCGGAACCAGAAGCACUAUAGCAAGUUCAAGUCAGACAACACCAGCUGGUAGUCAAUACUUAGACUUCAGUGAUGUCUACAGAACACUUUAUCAAGCCAGCCCAAAAUGGUACAACCUAGGCCUAGCACUGGGCCUUGAUGCAGGUACCCUCAAUAUCAUAGAACACAAUAAUAAAGAGUGUGAAAACUGCUUAAGGAAAGCCCUAAACCAACGAUAUGCUAUCAGAAGAUUGACAUGGGCAGAAAUAGACCAAGCUUUAAGACAACCUACUGUUGAAAUGAACACAUUGGCUGACGAAAUACAAAUGAUCUUGACAAAAAGCUUAUCAACAAGUAUCUCACAUCCUAGCAGUGACCCCACUCCAGAAUGUGUUGUGAGGUAUACCAGCUUCCUCAAAGACAGGUACAAACAGAUGUCAGACAAUAGGCCACCACCAUUUAAUAUCCCUCAACAGUUGGCAGGUAGCUCACGUCAGUACAAGAGUGAUGAUAGUGAUACAUGUAUACAGCAGUAUGAAAGUGAUAACUCACUGAUAUCUGAUGGUGAAUAUUGUGAGACUGAUCAUCACACAAGCCAACAACAUUCUAUAGCAAGUUCAAGUCAAACAACACCAGCUACAUGUAGUAACCAAUUUUUAGACCUCAACGAAAUGUACACUGAACUUUACGAAGCCCGUUCAAAAUGGUACAACCUAGGCCUAGCACUGGGCCUUGAUGCAGGUACACUCGAUAGCAUUGACAUUGAACACAAGAAAUGCAAAACCUGUUUAAGGGAAGUCCUAAAACAACGAGAUAACACCACAAAGUUAUCACAUACAGAAAUAGACAAAGCUUUAAGACAACCUAUACUGUUCAAAUGAACACAUUGGCUGACAAAAUACAAGAAAAGAUAUCCACAAAAAGCCUAUCAACAAGUAGCUCACAGCCUAGCAGUGACCCCACUCCAGAAUGUGUUGUGAGGUACACCAGCUUCCUCAAAGACAGGUACAAACAGAUGUCACCUUUUUCAGAUGUCUACAGAACGCUUUAUAAAGCCAGUCCAAAAUGGUACAACCUAGGCCUAGCACUGGGCCUUGAUACAGGUACCCUCAAUAUCAUAGAACACGAUAAUAAAGAGUGUGAAACCUGCUUAAGGAAAGCCCUAGACAAACGACAUGCUAUCAGAAGAUUGACAUGGGCAGAAAUAGACCAAGCUUUAAGACAAACUACUGUUCAAAUGAACACAUUGGCUGAUAAAAUACAAGAAAUGGCCUCGAAACAAAGCCUAUCAACAAGUAGCUCACAGCCUAGCAGUGACCCCACUCCAGAAUGUGUUGUGAGGUACACCAGCUUCCUCAAAGACAGGUACAAACAGAUGUCACCUUUUUCAGACGAUUGGCCACCACCAUUGAAAGAGAAGUUUACAAAACUAGCUCUAAUAGAGAGAAAGAAACACAUUCGCUUAACUCAAGCUAAACACCAACCAUCAAUCCAGUAUGAUUACGCUACUGGUAAUGUGGACAAUAUUGUUGAGAGAAAGAAAGCGAUUACGCUAGAACAGGUCUUCGAGCCUUUAAGUGGUGAUUCCGAAAUAGCUGCACCAAACAGGUACACUGUUGUAAUGGACGGAGCCCCAGGAGUAGGCAAAACCACACUCAGCAGGAAGAUAUGCAUUGAUUGGGCACAAGGGAAGCUCAUCAAGGACCACCACAUUGUUAUCCUCAAACCACUAAGGGAACUAAGAGAUCACACAGCUGCCUCACUCUCUGACCUAAUAAAAACUGAUGACUUUAAGCAACAUGAAAGAGAGGAAAUCCUCGAUCACAUCAAGAGCACGUCUGGUUCGGGAGUUAUGUUCAUCUUUGAUGGUUUUGACGACCUGAGUAGCAAGCAACGAUCUGAUAAGAAUACUAUUUUCUGGAAUAUAAUUCGAGGGAAUUACCUACACAACUGUUCUGUGCUGGUUACAUCACACUCAUACGCCUCAGGCCCACUACAGGUAAUCAACCGUGUCAAUCGACAUAUUGAAGUAUUAGGAUUCAAGAAAAAAGAUAUUGAACAUUGUAUUAAGCAAAACGUUACAGAUAAGACAAAAGCAAAGAAGCUAAUACAGAUGCUGAAAGAGAGGUUGGAUAUUGUCUCCCUAUGCUAUAUCCCUCUAAACUGCAGGAUUGUACUGUAUGUCUACCAGCAACAAGAUACCUUACCCGACACACUCACACAACUCUAUGAGGUAUUCAUUCUGUACACACUCAAACACUACAAGAACAAAAUAUUUCAAGAACAAGAGCAUGAAAUUGACAAUGAAGAGAUAGAACAUGCUAAUACUAUAAAGAAAUUGCCACAUCAAGUUAUCAAAUGUCUAGACUGCCUAUCAGAAACUGCAUUCACAGGAAUGACUCAAGACAAACUGAUCUUUAAACAUACAGAAGUCACCAAAGAAAGAGGUGCUUUGUCACUGGGACUGCUAAACCUAAUAAAGUGUACGGGAGUAUUGGAGGCUCAUUAUUAUCAUUUCCUUAAUUUAACCAUUCAAGAGUUUCUAGCAGCCAGACAUCUCGCACUAACAAAGAGCAACAAAGACAAACUAGAGUUUAUUACAUCUAAAAUUGGUGAUGAUAGAUUUAGAAUGACUUUACUCUUUCUCUCUGGAUUGACUCAACUUGAUUUUCUUCCCAUUGAACAAGCCUUCCCAGCUCCGAAAUCAAUAGACCCUGGUGUGGAGCAUAAAUACAAAACCAAAACAAAAGAUCUGCGAAAACAAGAGAUAUCUCGUUUCUUGUUCCUAGCCCAUCUUCAAUAUGAAAGCCGACAAACAACACACAACUGGCUCUUGCCCUGUCUGGUGACCAAUUCACUCAACUUGUCAGAGCACAGUCUCUCUCAGUUCGACUGCCUUGUCUUGGCCAACUUUCUCGCCCUAACUCCCAAAGAUCACGUGUGGGAUGAGAUAAACUUGUCUCAGUGCAGUCUUAAUAAUGACCGCUUCAAGACAAUAAUUACAAAGGAACAUUCACAAAGAGACAUUCCAGUAUUGUGCUUAACUAAACAAUUAGAUGUCACUUCCAACAAUAUCAAGGCUGAGGAUUUACAUGUAUUGAUGCCACUAUUAUCAGUAGAGUCGAAGGUGGACAGCAUUAGUAUCCCACACUAUGAAUCAUGCACUGAGUUCCCCGAGUUAGGAGAUGUAUUUGUGAAAGGAUUAAGGUAUUUAUAUUUUGGUCGACACUCUACAGAUCACAAUCAAACAGUGCUAUCAAAUAGAGAGAUGAUCGUUCCCACACAUUCAAAAAUUUGCUCAGGAAUUCUUACCAAAUUUUUUGAGGUUAUUCGACUUGAAGUUUUGAAACGACUGUCACUGGCUGGCCCCAAAGCUUUUGACGAUUGCCCGGAUUGUUCUGGCUCUGGAAACGAGGCUUGGGAAAGUGUUUGCAAUGUCAUCAAAAAUAGCAAGUAUAUACAACACCUUCAAAUUCACAAGAGCCAGUUCCAUUUAUACGAUAUUACAACACUAAUGGCAUCUUUGCAAAACAAGAGAAACCUGCGUACCUUGCGUUUACAUGGAAACACAAUAAGCCUCGAGGGUCUAAUACACUUACGAAAUAACUUGCCAGUGAAUGUACGUGCUCACAUUUCAACAUCUGAGAAGGUUAAAUUAGCAAUGUCAGUACACAAAGACAAACUAGUUCAUGUUGAUAUUGAGUCACCUGACAAGUACAUACAAGAUGAUGACUCAGAGCAUCUAUUUAUGCCCUUGCUAGAAAAUUUGCCAUCGGAACUACAUGGAGUAACUGUUACCACUAAAUCAUUCGUGUCCAAGGCUCUACUUAGGUCAAUAGGAAAUAGCAAAACGGUAACUAGUUUAACAUUAGCCAAUCUUUCUAAUGAGAAGCUCACAAAAUGUGCUGGGGAAUUUCAAGAUAUGCUUAAGAAAACCAAUAGUUUGCAAACACUGAAACUGGACACAUGUGAACUGAAUGACACAUCUAUCAAACAAUUUGAGGAUAGACUCUUACUCAAUCCAACUGUGGCACUCAAGUUAAAAGACUCUAGUUGGGGAGACAGCAGCUACAUCAAUUCACUACUUACAGUGAGGUCUCAAAACCUUUCUGAGCUAAGUUUAGGAUAUACUUUGACUGAAGAACGUGUGAGACAACUUUCAGAGAUAGUCAAAACAUGCAAGCAGCUACGAGUCUUGAAAGUCAAACUAAGUGACAAUUCAGAAAGUUUCUUUCAUGCUCUAUCAGAUAAUCAAAGCCUGAGAGAACUCAGUAUCAAGACUACUGGCAAGAUGGCAACAUUGUUGUUUCAAACACUCCCAUCAACUUCCGUCACCACUUUAGAAUUAUCAAAGCUUUACGACAGUGAAGGACUUGGAAAUGAGGGAUCUUUAGCCUUUAAAGAGUACAUUCAUGGAAGUAAAGUGCUAACUGUUUUGAGAGUUCACCGGUGUGGUUUAACGGAUGAAACGUUUAAGGGAAUUACUUUUACGAAGGACUCUCCUUUGAGAGAACUUAUUCUCAAAGAUAAGUAUACAGUAAAGAAAGGUUGGACAGAACUUUUCAAUGGUCUUUGUUCAUCAUGUAUCACCACACUAGACGUCAGUGAUAAUAUAUUGCAUGGAGAGGAGUGUUGCACAGCUUUGAAACGUCUACUCAUCAGCAACAAAACACUGGCUGUUCUAAAAAUAGGUCAUUGGUAUGAGACCAAUGAUGACUUGGUUGGUUGUAUUGCUGACGCUCUGUCACAAAAUUGCUCGUUGAUGGAACUAACAAUCAACCACAGAUUAAGCAUUCGGGGAUGGACAAAACUAUUUGAAAGCUUACAUGAAAACACAACGUUAAACACGCUAGACUGUAGUGAAGCUUCUUUACAAGAACUCGACCUAAUCAAUGAAGUCGCUAAAUCUUUGUGUGAAAUGCUAAUACACAAUCAAGGCCUUUAA